AUGGCACCUUCCCAAGAUUGUAACGCGACCAAAACUGUUGCAAACAAAGUCAUUGACCUUGCCUUUUACACCGAGCCCGGAUAUUGCACGCAUCAAUAUUUCUUUAAAAGGACACCUUCAAGAAAUGAUGGUUUUGGAUACUCCGAGGAAAUCUUUAUGAGGGCCAAGGGG